AUGCAUGCACCCACAGCUACAUGCAUGAUACAACAAGUACAUCAUCAACUCGUUUUUCCUGCUGCAUGCAUGGUGGGUCAGCUGGAGAAUUAUGAAAGUAUCAACCGUACCUAUCAAGAAAACGACAUGUCAGUUGUGAUACCAUCAUCAAAUGAAUCUAUGCGUGUAUCUCCAAAUUUAAAACCAAAGAAGGAAAACAUCAAAAUAAUGCAUGUUGAGGAAGAGAAUACCCAUCAGGAACGGUCAACACAGACAAUGACAAACACAUCAAAUGUUAUCAGCAUUAUUGACGAAACCAACCAAACUAAACAGGAAUACACCAAGAAACGAAAGCUUCAAUACGAAACUCUUCCCCAAAAACAUGUUUCCAAUGGCGUUUUUCCCUCAAACAACUCUUGUGACGUCAAAAUUUAUGCAUUCGAAAGACCAAUGUUAAGGCAGCACAAAGAAUUUGCAGAAAACUACUUUGUCCUCACACCCACUAACAACGAUACAGCUUCAUUCCAAGAAGAAACUAUGAAAAUCAAAGAAAACCAACAACCUCCUCAACGAAGAAAACGAAGACACUUGAAAAGAGCUGGGGUUGGCCAACAGAUGGAACAAUAUUCAACAAUUCAUACACCGGGUAACAUCUCGUUUUUGAUCUCCUCCUCUGGUGGAAACGAUCUUCAACAGGAUACAACAUCGAAUUGUAACAAAUUUACAAGAUCUCCUACAACAGCUUACAUCCAUGACUACAACACUUCGUCACAAAUUCAGUCCAGACCGAUCAUUACAGGGUGCAACCAUUAUUCAUCCAUUUACAUUCAUGAACAACAUGAUUAUCAUGAUCGAUUUGCUGCCAACAAACAAGGACCUUUGGUGCCUAACAGCUCAUUCCAACCCAAUAAUUAUAUACAGCCUUCUUCUAGUGGCCCCCAAGCAGAUGCAAUGCAUCAUCAUUUAGAAAACAAGCAGGUACCAUGUUCUCUACAACAGCGUGAUGGCAGUGAGCGUAUUCAAGCACUACUUCAACUCUAUCUGCAAUUGUCAACAAAACAAGUAUUCUACUGA